AUGCUGACUGGGUGGGAAACAUUAGCAUUCGCCGCCUACUACGCCCUCCUUAACCUGCGUGUCAGCUUGGUGCGGGUGUCGUGCAACACCAUGAUAGGCACCGAUGCCGCCGCCAACACCACCAUCGCCACCACCACCGCCACAACCAACAAGAGUCAAUCCUCGAGUACAACAACUUCGACGCCAUCGACCAGCCCCGACCCCAGCCACAGCCUCCUCAUCAGCUCCCGCUGCCACGCCAACUUCGUCGAGAACGUCCCCAUUGCGCUCCUCGUAGCGACCUUUGUCGAGUUGAACGGUGGUAACAAAUGGGCCCUGACGGGCUCGUUGGCUGCGCUGCUGUUCUUCAGGAUCGCCCAUGUCGAGUUCGGGUUGAGGGCCAAGGACUCGAUGGGCUGGGGCAGACCGGUCGGAUACUUUGGCACGCUGGGCUUUGUUGUGGGCAUGAGUUCUUAUGCGGCUUGGUUGGCGAGCGGGUUCUGGAGGGCACAAGCCUAG